UUGAAGCUCCUCUGCACACACUGUCCACCACACAGCCAUCAUUAGUGAAUGACAUGGAAGUCAUGGUGUGGCUGUGUUUCUCUCUUCUGCUCUGUUUUCUUGCUAAAUGCCAUGGGCAAACUCAGUUCAUUUAUAUGAACAAGUAUAAAACAGAGUUGACCUGUGAAGGAAACAAAUGGAAAAUAAGCACAAAGUUUCACAACAAGAUUGACCCGAACCAUUUGGUACAGUGUGACCGCAUCAAGAUUGAGCUUGAUGAUAAAGAUAAACUGGAAUUUUGCAGAAAUAAACAAUCACAGCCAAAGUGUGUUUGUGAACUGGAAGUAAAGAGUGGAUUGGUUGCCUGUGUUAAAUCUCCCAACGUCGUCUAUUCAUACAUAUUCACUGUUCCAAACCCAAACAUAACAUCCACACCUGAGAGAACAUCUUCACUGAAAGUAACUGAAGGUGAAUCAGUGAGUUUAAACUGUAGUUUCACCUUCACACAAAAAUACAAGGGUAUGCCAUUUGUUGUUUACUGGAUUAAGACUGUUGGACAGAGCAGCACCUGUGUGUAUUCUUAUGAUUAUUCCAAGCAUAAUUUGCCCCAGUAUGGUCACCACUGCACUGUGCAAAAAGAACUGCUUAACAGACUCUCAAACCAAACCAAAGAACUGAACAGUCACAACAUCAGGAUCAGUGAAGUGAUGGAGUCAGACAGUGGUCAGUACCUCUGUGCUGUACAAGUGCACCCAAAUAAUAAAAACACUGCUAGAAAAGGAAACUGGAAGGUGAUACAAAGAGUUACAGUCAGUGUUCAGAAAGACAAAAGACCACAGCCAACUGGAACCACUGUGACUCAGAAAACAACAAAGAAAACAACUCAAAAAACAACAAAGAAAACAACAAAGAAAACAACAAAGAAAACAACUGAGGAAAACAUUGAUGAUGAUCGUCUUAAGCCCUUAUAUGUUGCAGUUCCCAUAAUCCUGUGUCUUCUGCUGAUUGUCUUGGUCGUGUUAAUAAGAAAGAAGUGCAUCACUUCACAAGGAUGUCAGACUUUACAACAAAGAGAAGAAGCUCCUAACAUGGACUGUUCUCCAUAUGCUGUUGGAAAUGUUGAGGAGGGGACUUUCUUUGGAUCUAAGACGGCUGAUCCAGGCCGUGAAGAAUCCACACCAUCUAUUGAGCCUUAUUCAGUCGUUAGACUGAACAGCUUAUAUGAAUCUGGGGCUUCAGAUCACAGCAGACAUAUUUAAUCCAAAGCUGCUGAUCUGUGUGUGUUAAAGGCGCCUCAGUGCAGCAGCUCACAGGCUGAAACACUGUAGAGAAGAACGCAGAGUAACAGAGUGGACAAGCUUGUUAAGUUAUGUUUGUAUCACCAGUCAUAUGCAAAAGUUUGAACACCCCCAGGUCACAUUAGGUUUUAUUGAUUUUCUAACUAAAAAUAAGUUAACAUAUCAUCUAUAGGGAACACGCUUUAACGUGAUUUUUUCAUAUUUUAGGCACAAUUUCAAUUUUCCUUGCAGAG